GCUGGACGCCAUCGGGCGACUCGAGUCGGCCUCAGUUGAAUGAAAGAUAUUGCGGUGGUGGGAACGCGCUUGGGAACGCGAUUCGCUCCAAAGCAUCUCACGCACGUGAAAGCCCUUCUACUGCCUAAAAGCCCUUUCUCCUAACGGCGAGUUUGGUACGCAGCUCGCGCUGCGCGUCCCGGAGAAUGAGAAAGUGAGUUGAAUCGAUAUUCUUCUGUGGUGCGCGCUUUGUUCGAGCGCAAUUUUUUGCGUGCACGAUAUUUGCUGCGGCUCAAUGCUGAAGGCGUAAAAACGGCAGCGUCGAGCCAUCGUCACGCGCACAGAUGGACGUAAUUGGCCAUAAGUGAAACCAGAAGUGGCCAGAAGUGGAAGCCAGAACUCGAUCGAGGAUCCAGGAAGAUCGCGCAGCGAGACCGCGUGCGAGCACCGGUGCGUCGAUCACAAAUCUGGAAAAACGGGUCGACCGGCCUCUGUCUUUCGGACGCUGGGCGAACGACGGGCGGAGGACUUGAUCGCGAGGCCACGAGAGCGACUCGAUGCGAUGAAACGACGAUAGCGAUGCUUCGAUCAUCAAGUUCAAAGUUGUACCGACCAGCCGGAAUGGGCUCUACAGUCUGGUGGCUGAUCGCGGCCGCCGCCGUGAUAAUCUCGGGAACAACGGCAGCCCUCGAGGGACCGAAUGUAUGCGUCCGGCAGGAAACAUACAAGAUAACGGUGAAAGUAUCCGAACAGAAACCAUAUACCGUGCGAGAGAACACGUGGUGCUUCAGUUUCCCACCGAGAUGUUCCAAAUACAAAGUCGUCACCAGAACAGUCUACAAGGAGCAGGAAUUGACGAAACAAAGGCCCGUGGAAGAAUGCUGUAAAGGCUAUACGGAGACCACAAGCGGCGAUCGUUGCAUUCCAGUCUGCUCGGAGGAUUGCCGCCAUGGCACUUGCAUCGCGCCCGAUGUCUGCAAAUGCGAGUCCGGAUACGGUGGGCCAUUAUGCGACUACAGGUGCCCGUUGGGUAAAUGGGGCAGAGAUUGCGAGAUGGAUUGCAAGUGCCAGAACGGGGCCACGUGCGAUCCGUUCGACGGCAAGUGCAUGUGUACCAGAGGCUGGACCGGCGUGUACUGCGAUCAAAAGUGUUCUGCUAACCGUUACGGACAGGAUUGCGCCGAAGAAUGCCGUUGCAGAAACGGUGGAAGCUGCCAUCACAUCUCUGGCGAAUGCCACUGUGCCUCUGGUUACACCGGGCCACUAUGUGACGAUUUGUGUCCAGAAGGCAAACACGGCGAAGAAUGCAAAUCAGAAUGUCGUUGUCAGAACGGAGGAUCCUGCAGUCCUACAACCGGCGAAUGUUACUGCACAUCCGGCUGGACGGGUUCGGUCUGCGCGAAUCGCUGUCCGGAGGGUCUCUGGGGCAAGAAUUGUUCUCGGAUCUGCGACUGCUAUAACGGAGCUAGUUGCGAUCACGUUACGGGCGAAUGCCAAUGCAAACCGGGUUUCCACGGCAACAAGUGUCUGAAUAUCUGUCCUGAGGGCACGUUCGGACUGAACUGCACAAAUAAUUGCACCUGUGAAAACGGAGCCGGGUGCGAUCCCACUAACGGCAGUUGUAUAUGCGGUCCAGGUUGGAUAGGUAAAACGUGCAGUCAACGAGCCUGCGAGAACGGUUUGUAUGGCAGCAACUGUGCAAAUGUUUGCGAGUGCGAGGAGGACAAUACGGAGCUGUGCCAUCCCUGGACCGGACAGUGUUCGUGCGACAUCGGAUGGGACGGCGAAACCUGCGCCAGACCGUGUCCCUUUUACACGUUCGGCAAGGGCUGUCAGAAUCGCUGCGACUGUAAGAACAAUGCGCAAUGUUCGCCCAUCGAUGGCACUUGCAUCUGCGCGGCUGGAUAUCGCGGAAAGGAUUGCGGCGAGCUCUGUCCAGAGAAUACCUUCGGGGAAGACUGCGCGCAAAAGUGCGCCUGCAAGAACGGAGCCAGCUGUUCGCCUGAGAACGGACGUUGUAAUUGUACAGCUGGAUGGGUUGGUGUUUUGUGUGAUCGUCCAUGUGACGACAAGUCCUAUGGCAAAGACUGCGAAGGCAAAUGCAAGUGUUUCAACAAUGCGGCGUGCAAUCCGCAAAAUGGCACGUGCACGUGUGCAGCUGGUUUCACCGGCACGCUCUGUCAGGACCGUUGUCCUAAGGGUUACUUCGGAAACGGAUGCAAUCAGAUUUGCGACUGUGUUGAGGCAAAUACCUUGGACUGUGAUUCCGCCACCGGGAUUUGCAACUGCAAACCAGAAUGGCGAGGAAUACAAUGCGAAACAAAGUGCCCGGAGGGUCUUUACGGCGAGGAUUGUCACUCACAUUGCGAAUGCAUGAACAAUAGUUCAUGUGAUCCCAUGACCGGACGUUGCGUCUGCGCUCGGGGUUGGGAAGGCGACAAUUGCUCGCAACCUUGCAAGGAAGGAUGGUACGGGCUUGGAUGCAGAGAAAAAUGCCCGGAGAAGAUGAACGGAAACAUGACUUGUGAUCACGUCACCGGCGAGUACAUCUGUCGUCCGGGUUAUUUGGGCCUCACCUGCGAACAUCCGUGUCCACCCAAUCGCUACGGACUGAACUGUGCAAAUCACUGCCACUGCAAAAACGGUGGAGAGUGUCAUCACGUAACAGGUGUGUGCCAGUGCCGACCUGGCUGGCAAGGCGAGUACUGUCAAACGCCAUGUGCAGAAGGCACAUAUGGUGUAAAUUGCACGCAGCAUUGCAAAUGUCAGAACGGUGGAAAAUGCAGAUCUAAUGACGGACAUUGUCGAUGUGCGGCCGGAUGGACCGGGACGAGAUGUACAGAAAUUUGCCCGGAAGGAUAUUACGGCGAUCAUUGUAUGGAGCCAUGUGAAUGUAAAAACGACUAUUUCAUGUGCCAUCCAGCGGACGGUUGUAUUUGCAGGCACGGAUAUACAGGCGAGAACUGCGACGAACAAUUGUUCUCGCGUAAUAUUCAGGAGAUUGAAGACACGGGAUACGGACACAUCGUGGGGGUGAUCUUCGCGACCCUUAUUUUAUUUGGCAUUUCACUGGCUGCGUGGAUGUAUCAUCGUCGCAGAGUAGCCGAUCUCAAGAGCGAGAUAGCUCAAGUACAAUACACGGCUGAGCCCGUAUCUCCACCAGAACUAACUCAAUUCGACAACCCUACGUAUGCGUAUCAAGGUUCCUCGAAGUUCGACGACGGCACUACCACCUUAUUAAACAAUUUCCAAUUCCGAAAUAAUUUUCAUAAAAAUAUAAAUACCGAGAAGGCUAAAUUUGGCCUUGGUAACUGUACUGAUGACGAGGACGAUUGCAAAGGAGCAUACGGACUGCAAUACGACUUGAAGAAUAGGGAUGCUGAUAUGGGAAAUCCAAACUUGAAUGUGUAUCACAGCAUCGAUGAGAUGGAUGGUAAGAAAGUCGAGCACGUCUACGAUGAGAUUAAGCAGAACAAUGAGUCGGAAUAUGAUGAGUUGAAUCAGCCGCGGCCAGUAAGCUGGAACAUAAAGCCAAAUUCGAAUCGAAAUGGCUUCUUACCUAAACUGCGCGACAAUCCGGGACCUAGUAAACCGAUAGACAAGGAUCCGGAACUAGGUGAAACCUAGAAAUUGCGUCAAUGUUCCUGUUUUAACUGCCCAGAUUUGGAAUAGAAUGAACUUUACGUUCGAUCAGAAGACUCUGUCCCUUUUCUAUAAGGAGCAAGUCUGUGGUAUUACUUUCAUUUUGUUUAAGUAAAUUUCUUAAGCAAGCUUUUAUAGUAUAAUUACAAUUAGUUAUCAAACUUUCAUUUAAAAAAUACGUUAGAUUUUAUAUACACGUUUUUUAUAUACACGUAUACAUAUAAAAUCUAUUGAUAUGCUCGUCAUGCCUUCGUCUGACAAAGUAUGGCAGUAUUACAUUAUUUUCUAUGUGAAAUACAAAAAUUUAAAUUCACGGAAUUUUUUCUGAUAAGCACUAAGCAUGUUCAGCUUUUAUUCGAGAUAUUAUCGAUCUCUGUCAUUUUUUCACUUGCGACAUAUCAUCAACCGCGAUGAAAAGAUGAAACAUAUUUGUACAUAUAAAUGUAUUCUGUUUUUAUAAGCAUAGUUUUAAUUAAAUUAUUAUAUAUCCAUUUAAUAUAUACGUGCAUAUAUAUGUUGCCAAAACGGGCAUAAAUAGUAGAAGAAACUGGAUGACAGACAAGUAAUAAGAAGUCAAAUCGUGAAUAAAGUAUAUAAAUAUAUGAAUAUAUGAAGUAUAUAAAUAUAUGAAGAUUUUGUAUCGCAAAGAAUCCUUUAUGCCUCAACAGUUUUUUAUUCGUCAUAUGUUAUCGAUGUUGCAAUCGUUAUAAAAGCAUUUAAAAGGAUUCUAACAAUUGUUGAUUCUGAUAUAAUUAAGUAUUUAAAAUAUUUCGUAUCAUAUUUAAAAUAUUUAAAAUAAGGUAGCAUUAUGGAAUCUGGCAGAUGAACGAAUGCAAUAAAUUAAAUAAUUUAUUGCAAAACAUUGUACACAAUAAAUUAAGCGAUUAUUAUGAACGUAAUGUAUUCCUACAAUAUCUACGUACAUAAGAAAAGCCUCAAUUUUUAUCAUUUUACUUAGCCAUAAUGCGAUAAUUGAUUAUUAGUUAGAUGUAAUCAGAAGAGGCGCAAAUUGUAAAUGUAAAUUUUAAAUAUUCUCUUUUAUAUUUCCUUUUUAUAAAGGAAAGUAGCGUGCAAGAUGUCACGGGAUGUGUGUUCCGUUUACCUUGCAAUUAUCUUGUGAUAUAAUUUUAUCUGCUAUAUCUAAAUAAAAAGAACAUAUUAGUAUAUAUCGCCCGGUAAUAUAUAAUUGAUACUUACAGUUGAGAAAUAUGAUCGUGCAUAUUCUAACCGAAUAAAAAAAUUUGCAGGAUAAACACAAAUGAUAACGUAAACUAUAUUCGUCAAUAUAGUAAGUUAGUAAUCAGUGUGAUAAUACCAUCAUGUGCAUUGUUAAUAUUUCACGAUUAAAGAAGAUAUUUUAAUAAAAGUCUCAAGACAAUUUUAUUGUGAUGUAGACAAUUGUACAAUGUAAAAACAUCUUCGUUUUACUAUUUCUCAAUUAAAUUAUAAGGAACGUGAUGUCCAGCGCUUGGUUGCCUUACAUUUUUGACAAUCCAAAGUCAAUUAUGUAAGUUACGAAUAUAUAUGAAGAAUUAAAUAAUUACGUACUUUCUGUUACAUAGUUGGCAUUACAUGAAACGGACAUAUCUAUUCUUAAAAUUAUCUGGUAAAGGUAUUUCUUAUUAUUUAAAAGCGUUUAGAAAUUAAUCACCAAUAAUUUUCAGCAAUGUCAACGCCUUGUAAAUAUUUAUGCAGUGAUUUUUGUAAUAAUCUUUAUUAACCCUCUCUCAGUCUCCGCGCUCGUAUGAUUUCCCACAUAGGCGGCAGAAGCCAAUAGCAUCCGCCGAAAAAUUGCAGCGAUGCGACCACGCGAAGACACAUGUUCUCGUCUGCAAUCAUCAAAUUAGCAUAAGUCUCGAUUAAAGUCCGUAGUCUUGUCUUGUCACAUCAGGCGUAUCGCGUCUCAGAAAGACGAAAUUUAUAAACCUCUGUAAACUUGUAAAAAAAAAAUGACGGAAAAAAUAAAAAUCAAUAUUACAAAA